AUGUCCAUCCGCAUCACCAAGAUUGAGUGUGACAAAUACAGCACAAAGUUCACAGCUCAGAAUCACGGCCUCCCCCGAGGGGCACGGGUGAGAGUGACAGGCAUACCAGAGAUUUCCGAAUCUGAGACACUUCUGACGGAUGACUGCAAGAGCAAUAGCUUCUCCCUUCGCAGGGAUGUUUGUGUAGAUGUGGCAAGCAUUGAUGACCUCAGCUGCAUCGUCACAACCAAGCAACCACAUCAAAUAUCGGACACGCAUGCAGGAGUGAAACUCAGGGCUUUCGACAGUGUGACAAAAUUGAAGCUGGAGGAGACCUAUAGCAUUGAGAGCAUCAUCGAUUCCUAUUCCUUACGCUUACAAUCCUACUGCCGUGCCCAAAGAAAGUGGAUUCCUGCAAAGCUGUCCUGCAGCCUGGUAGAUGCGACACUGAGCAGUGACCACCGUCAAGUGAUGCUCUCGAUGGGGGUGAGGACUGUUCGUGGUUCCGCUUCUGUGGUCCAUCAGCACUACUCCGAGCAGACGUGCAUGAGAAAGUGGCAAUCGACACUGCGUGCGGCUGUUUCUGCGGAGAAAUUGGGCAAGGAGAAGGAGCCCACGGAAGCCACCGCGCUUCCAGAUGUAUUCUCGCUGCAGGUCGACUCGUGUGGUUGGGAGGAUUGCCACGGCAUUUUCCAUCGCAGUGCGGAGAGUCCUCUACGAUUCGAGCUGGGUCGUGGGCUGAUCUCUAUCGUUUAUGUGGAGAGCUUGAAGUCAUGGUGCAUGCUGGCAGAGGUUGCACCACUGUACCCCUUGGAGUACGAGUAUUUGUACUUGAAAUUGGAGGAUAUGGAAGGGCCACAGCUUCUCUACAUUUGCCGCGGUCAUGGCCUUCAUGGCCUUUGGGAACCGGUGCUUGGCCCAGCCCCUGGUCCUGAUGUGAAGCUUCACCAGGAAGUGGCUGUACGUCUCAAUGGAGACGCUUCCACGCAGUCAUCUUUACUUUUGCCUGGCAUCGGUUCCAUCGUUUUAGAUUUCCUCUUCAACUACACUUUUGCCAAUUGGCGAGGUGGUUUUAGCUUUUCAGGAAUCUGGGGCUUGAGUUCUUUGGAAGCCAUCCUUUGUGCUCUACGCCUAUGGAGAAGCAUGCAAGUUUGCAGCUCCGUGUGUCGGACAUGGCGGGAUACUUUGCAGCCCUUCAGCGACUUGACAAAGAUGUGCCACCACGCAAUGCAGAUUCCAGAGCUUUCGGAGGAGUCGUUGGAGGCAGUGAAGUUGCCAACUGUCCCAGAGCUUGUUCGGGCCAUCAAGUUUUCUUCUACUUGCUGGAAUUUGACUUUGAUGCUUCCCCGAUCAUCGUUUUUCAGAGGCAAAGCUUGGCCUGCGCAGAUCUCAGAGGUUCAACUACAGACUGAAAUGAGUGAAGAUGAGGACCAUUUCCUUGAAGGGCCAUCUGCUGCCUUCCUGAACCAGCAUGCAAAAGCAUUUCUGAAGGCUGCAAAGGACAUGUUGCAGGUUCCGCUGGCAUGGAAUACAAGGCCCCAUUGUCGGGGUGAGACCACCAUGGGUGACGGCCGUCGUUUUGCCACCUGCAAUCUGCUGGAGGAGUCUUUCGACCGGGGCAGGAAGUUGUGUCGUGUCCUGGCACAGGCGGAUGCUGAGGGCUACAUGGAGCUGCUCGGCCUGGAUGGGUCAAGCAUGAAGCCUUGCCACCGUAGCCUUGCCCCCUUGCUGCAAAGUGGUCUCACAUUUCGGGCAAUCACACGACAAUGGAGAGCCAGAAACAAGAAACCCAAAGGGCCGAAAGAUCCUUGUGAUUUCUUCCUGUGUAAGGAAGCCUCGAGAUGCGAUUUGUGUAAGAAGGAUGUGGAGGGUCGAAGCCGUUUGGGUGCUUCUGAAUUGUUUGGUGGAUACAAAUUGGACUUCACAGACGGGUCCAGACAGAUCAGCCUGGAGAUCGAGGUGAAAAUCAUCCCAUUCUUUGUCACUUCCAAAGAUGAGUCUCUAUUUUCUGAGCUUCACACCUUGCUUCCGCUGUCCGAGAGUGAGACGGACCCUUGGGGUAAUUCCUCCGAAGCCGAUGAGGAUGAGGACGACGAGGAGGACGACGACGGGGACGAUGACGGGGAUGACCCAGAUGAGCAUGGCGAAGGCGAUGCAGAAGAUCCUGAUGCCGAAGAUACCGAUGCCGAUGAAGAUGAGGAUCAAGAUGAACAAGAUGAACAAGAUGAACAAGAUGAACAAGAUGAACAAGAUGAACUUGAAGGUCAGGAAGUGAAUGGGACUGGCCGCAACGAGGUGACCGGGGCCGGAAACAACGGGGCGAGGCGACGGCUGAUGGGGAAGCAGCCGCCGCCGCGUGAGUGGUGCUAAGGG